GUACGGGCAUCCACAGAGCAGCAGUCAUUAAUAUGUCCUCUCUGCUGGGUUCAGAAGAGCUUAACUGGGGUGAACAAUCCAACAGUUUUAAAUGGUACCCCUACAGAGCAUCAAAGAGUGCUCUUAACAUAAUCACCAGAUGUUUGGCAGUCGACUUGGAGGAACAUGGAAUCUUGUGUAUGGCUCUGCAUCCAGGCUGGGUACGCACUUGAUAUGGGUGGACCAGAGGCACCACUGAUCACAGAGGAGAGCAUUGCCUCUGUGUUGAAUGUAAUUGGCGGCUUGAGUGAAAGGGAUCACGGUUCAUUUCUUCACUAUAAUGGCGAAGAACUGCCCUGGUGAAGCUCUAAAGAUUCACAAAGCAGAAGGCUGGUUAAUAUAAGCUGAAUGAAGAAGUGAUCAGACUGGUUUUCCUCUGUGUUUACUGAUCAGCUGUCAGGUGAUCACUGUGUGGUUAAAAAUGGAUCCAUUCUGUCUGUCUGCAAUAGUGGAAAUAAUGGAGGGAAAAUAACACUAAAGGGUUACAUUAACAGAAAGACAUGAUUGACUUUUCCACCCAGGGUCUGUCCUUUGGAGAAAUUCAGCUACUGUUCUCAGAGGAAAUUGAAUAUUGUAUUUUGGGUGUAUCAGCUACAAUUUUUCUUGUAGUCCUCUGCCUUCUGAUAUGGCAGAUUUACCGUUACUGUACAACGCUUUCUGUUUCACAAAGAGCUGCAGACGGUUUGUCGGCCAAAAGUGGAGGUUUUCAGUAUGCUACACAAACAAGAGAAACCAAGCUUGAGGUUCUGAACCGGCACCGAAUGUCGCCGGGCUCCUCAUAUACCAACCUAGGCAGCAGUCUGGAUCUGGCCAGCAAGGUAGAUCCAGAUGAAGAGCACGCCCAGGGAUCCCUGCGCUUUUCCCUGUUUUAUGAUAAGCUGCAGUCCAGAUUGGUGGUGACGGUUCUGGACGCUCAGUAUCUGGCCGUGCGAGACUUCAGUCGCAGCGUAGAUCCCUUCGUUUGGGUACGGCUGCUGUGGGCAGAGAGAGAGGACAAGGACCAGAGUUCACUGCAGUGUGUUCUGCAUGAGUGGCAGACGCGUCUGGUAAAGAAGAGCUGCAGUCCUGUGUUUGGAGAUCAGUUCUCUUGCACUCUGGAUGAGGAGGAGGUUUCCAGAGUCACUGUUAGAUUUGAGGUUAGGGAUUAUGAUAAAUACUCAAGAUAUGGAAUCCUGGGAGAGGCCCGGGUGUCCCUAAACUGUCUGAAAAUAUCAUAUCCGCUGGAGUUAAGAUACAACCUGCACGUACCAAAGAAAGAUAUGGUUGGUGAGGUGCUCCUGUCUCUAAAAUAUAUGCCCACAUCUCAGAGGCUGGAGGUGGGAGUGCUUAAGAUCAGAACUGUUUCUCAUCCCACUAAGACUGAGCGAGUUCUAUAUGCCAAAGCCAGCGUCAUCUGCAACCAAUGCAAACUUCGGCAUCAGAGAACCGCACAGAGGAAGCGUUGGGAAAUGACUGUGUUCAAUGAGGUCCUCACUUUUCUUCUUCCAGAUCCUCAGAUCAGUGAGUGCUCCAUUAUCGUCGCCGUGUACGAACUACACCCUGCACAGAAGAGCUCCAGACGCCUGAUUGGUCAGAUCCACCUCGAGAAGGGCAGAACCUCAGAAAACGAGCAUUGGAAGUUGAUGAUGCAAUCACUGCGACAGCCAAUCGCCAAGUGGCAUUUCAUCCUCAUCUGAAUACACUUUAUUCACGUCUGCACUUGCGUGCACCAAUUGGAAGUCUGAUUUGCUGUGGAAGAUUUUUAUAUUAUAUAUAAUGUUAUCGACUCAAUAAUCGCAUUUUGUGCUGCAUAGGUAACAGGAAGAACUCUAGAUAGAUAGCAAAUGUUGGUCCCUUUGCAAUGACAAUGAUAUAAGAGACUUUUAGGCCAUUGUAGCGUGUGCUGUUGGCAUGUUACCAGUUGCGUCCACAAGAUGGCUCUCUAACACUUUUAGACUCGAAGCUUAUCCGUCUGCUUAUUUUUCUAUUUAACAAUUUUUGAAUACCAUGUUCAUAAUUCCACAGAGAAGACUAUGUCAUAUAUGGAUAGUGAAUGAUGUUCAUUAUAAUGCUUCAUCAGAGUGAUUGAGUGAUGUCAUUUGAGUGGCUGUCAUUUGACUUAUCCAGUCUGAAAUAAAACACUAUUUUUGUAAACUUUAUCCUUCAUCCUGUGUCUGUAAAUUGUGAACUGUACACUAACACCAACUUUACACUUGUGGACUGAAGAAAAAUGAAAACACGGCAGUCAUAAUGAAAUCUCAGAUAGAUUUCUAUGACAAAAGCUGUGGCUUAUAAUAUAACACACAUCACCCAUCAGUUCAAAGUACUAAAACACUAUCUGAGGUU